AUGGGUGAUAGUCAAGCCUUCGCCGGACACCUAGGUGAAGUUCAACUCGCCUCCAUCACCAUCGCCAACACUGUCAUCGUUGGCUUCAACUUUGGCCUCCUCUUGGGAAUGGCAAGCGCGUUGGAGACACUUUGUGGACAAGCGUUUGGUGCAAAACGACAUAACGUGUUAGGAAUAUAUCUGCAAAGAUCAUGGAUUGUUCUCUUCUUUCCUCUUCAGAGGUUUCUACAGUGCCAGCUGAAAACAGGUGUGAUUGCAUGGGUAUCUUUGUUGGGUUUAGUGGUGAAUGUUGUAUUGAGUUGGUUGUUGGUUUAUGUUUGGGAUUUUGGGCUUAUUGGUGCUGCAAUAGCUUUGGAUGUUUCAUGGUGGGUAUUGGUAAUUGGGAUGUUUGGGUACACAGUUUGUGGGGGUUGUCCUUUGACUUGGAAUGGUUUUUCAAUGGAAGCAUUUUCUGGCCUUUGGGAAUUCUUCAAACUCUCUCUUGCUUCAGGGGUGAUGCUUUGUUUAGAGAAUUGGUAUUACAGGAUACUGCUGCUUAUGACAGGUCAGUUGGAAAACGCAACAGUUGCUGUUGAUGCAUUGUCUGUAUGUAUGACUAUCAAUGGAUGGGAAAUGAUGAUUCCAUUUGCCUUCUUUGCCGGUACCGGGGUGCGGGUGGCGAAUGAACUUGGAGCAGGAAAAGCAAAAUCAGCAAAAUUUGCAAUGCAAGUAUCAGUGAUACAAUCAACAGUGAUCGGAUUAAUCUUCUGUGUUCUCAUAAUUAUAUUUCAGAGACAGUUUGCAUACAUUUUUACCUCGAGUCCUUCUGUUCUUCAAGCUGUUAACGACAUGUCAGUCCUCUUGGGAGUCACUAUUCUUCUCAAUAGUGUUCAACCUGUUCUAUCAGGUGUAGCUGUUGGUUCAGGAUGGCAAAUAUUUGUGGCAUACAUAAAUAUUGGAUGUUACUAUCUAAUUGGACUCCCACUUGGAAUUAUCAUGGGAUGGGUUUUCAACACUGGUGUUGAAGGCAUAUGGGGUGGGAUGAUAUUUGGUGGUACAUUAAUUCAAACGUUGAUACUCAUCAUAAUAAUAGUACGGUGUGAUUGGAAAAAAGAGGCAGAUAAAGCUGGCUCACAUGUAAACAAGUGGUCUAUAAUUAAACCUAAUGACCAAUUGGAGAUCAUUUAUUAA